AUGCAGUCUCUCCCGGAUGGCUUCAAUUGCGCCUGUCUGCCUGGCUAUACAGGUCCACGUUGCCAAGAAAGGUCUCCUGAUCCGUGCCAUCUAAGUCCAGACCUUUGCCAACAUGGAGGUAUCUGUGUCCCACGCUGGUCUAGUCUUCGCAACGUGAGCACUCAACAGCAGCACGUAAUAAGUCCCGAGGCCCAUGGCUACUUUUGUCACUGCCCAUCUGGCUUUUCUGGGCAACAUUGUGAAACACCUCUCCCAGGCAAGCUUAUAUGA